AUGGACAGCAUUGAUCUGACCAAGACGGUUAUCAACAAAGGUAAACAGAUGGCCAGUGUUGCUGCCUCUGCCGCCAAUGGCGCCGCCGGAAAGAAGAGGCGAAAGGGUACCGACUUGAAGCCGAUCGUCACCAAUGAUGCGAAGUCGGCCCAAGCGGUUGACGCCAUCACCACAUCUAGCGGCGCAGCACCACACUCCAAGAAUCCCGGCGCAGCAGUAUCCCGCUCUCCAUCCUCCUCGUCGGCGGAUGAGGUAGAGACGACCGCCGAGGAAGAAGACUCAGAGGACUAUUGCAAAGGUGGUUACCACCCGGUGGCCGUGGGCGAAACAUACAACAAUGGUCGCUAUGUCGUCGUGCGCAAGCUGGGAUGGGGUCACUUUUCCACUGUCUGGCUGUCGCGCGAUACCACGACCGGGAAACAUGUGGCACUGAAGGUCGUUCGCUCAGCAGCUCACUAUACCGAGACUGCGAUUGAUGAAAUCAAGCUCUUGAAUCGUAUUGUUCAGGCCAAGCCUGACCACCCCGGUCGCAAGCAUGUGGUCAGUCUGUUGGACUCAUUCGAACACAAGGGCCCCAACGGUGUACACGUCUGUAUGGUGUUUGAGGUGCUAGGUGAGAAUCUGUUGGGCUUAAUUAAGCGAUGGAAUCACAGAGGCAUCCCGAUGCCGCUCGUCAAACAGAUCACGAAGCAGGUUUUGAUGGGGUUGGACUAUCUACACCGAGAAUGUGGGAUCAUCCAUACCGAUCUGAAGCCAGAGAACGUGUUGAUCGAGAUUGGUGACGUGGAGCAGAUUGUCAAGGCGCAUGUCGAGCAAGAGGAGGCGAAGAAGGAACUUGAGAGCAAAGAAGACAAUCGAAAUGGCCGCCGACGCCGGCGCACAUUGAUCACCGGCAGUCAACCCCUACCGAGUCCGUUGAACACGAGCUUCAGCGGCUUCGACUUCAAGCACAGCUCAUCAAAUUCACACAGCAGCCUAAGUCAAAUGGUGAAUGAGUCAACGUCAACUGAUCCCUCUAUGAAGGAGACACUUGGGAUCAAAGAUGAGGAUGAGAAGCAGAAGCAGCGAGAAAAGACAACAGAUCUCCUCGAAAGAGAAGUUUCCGGAAUCUCGCUGGACAAGAGCCCAUCCAAGACUCCGCUGGAAGAGGCAAUCGACGCCAGCAUCAUCUCGGUCAAGAUCGCUGACCUGGGCAACGCCUGCUGGGUUGGACAUCACUUCACCAACGACAUCCAGACGCGCCAAUACCGCUCACCAGAGGUGAUCCUGGGCGCCAAAUGGGGCGCCAGCACUGACGUCUGGAGCAUGGCUUGCAUGGUCUUCGAGCUCAUCACUGGUGAUUAUCUCUUUGACCCGCAAUCUGGCACCAAGUAUGGCAAGGACGACGAUCACAUUGCCCAGAUCAUCGAGCUAUUGGGUCCGUUCCCCAAGUCGCUUUGCCUUUCGGGCAAAUGGUCACAAGAGAUCUUCAACCGCAAGGGAGAGCUGCGGAAUAUCCACCGUCUGCGUCACUGGGCGCUCCCCGACGUUCUCCGUGAGAAGUACCAUUAUAGUGUCGAAGAGGCUAUGCGGAUCAGUGAGUUUUUGCUGCCUAUGCUCGACUUGCAUCCAGAGAAGCGCGCCAACGCCGGUGGCAUGGCCUCCCACGAGUGGAUGCAAGACACGCCAGGUAUGAGUGGCGUCAGCUUAGGGAUCGCACCUGGAACACGGGGUGAGGGGAUCGAUGGCUGGGCCUUUGAGGUCAAGCGGCGCUGA